AAUAUUUACUUCCUCUCUCUCUCUCUCCCGUAUCAAAGAAAAAUGUCCGCCUCUGUCAGAAGCAUGUCUUUGACAUUCUGCCGGGCUGCUAGAGUCGCUAUCAGAGCUUUUAAUCCAGCCACACGUCCACUGAGCACUGGAUAUUGCUUACGAACCGAAAUCAGGUCUGAUGGUGGAUCGAGGGACAUCAUUGAGUCCACAGAAGAGUUCAGGUUUGUGGAGAGAUUAAUUCCCCCUUCACGCAUCCCAGCUCCUCCUAAACACGAUGGACCUGCGCCUUCAGGAUGGACCCCACCGUCAGACACACCACCGUCACUGCCUUACAUGAUCCGUCGCUCCAGGAUGCACAACGUACCCGUGUACUCGGACAUCAAGCAUGGGAAUCAGCACAGCACUCUGAUCAGGAAGAUUGAAGGAGACAUAUGGGCCCUGAAUAAGGAAGUUAAGGAAUUCCUGCUGGGGCUAACAGGCAAAGAUCCUCCAACACAAGUCAAUGAAAUUACCGGGAGCAUCCGAGUUAAAGGGCAGUUUGAUAAAGAGCUGAAGGACUGGCUGCUGAACAAGGGAUUUUAAAUGAACUAAACUGCAAUACUAAAAAAGUGAGGAGGAAAUCUAUAAUAAUAAUAAUGCUGUCUCCUGCUCAAACAGACGGACAAACUGUAAACUGUCACUAACAUACCAUUUUCAGAGACUGUGUUGCCUUUGUAUUAAAAAGGUAAUACUUACAGCAAACAUGUUCAUUUAUCAGGUGCUUUUGUUUUGAUUUGAAAGAAAUAAAUGUAAAAUAUUGCCAACAAUGUCUGUUCAUAAUACUUGUCUGCAAAGAAAAAUGUUUUGAUUCUUUCUGUACAUUAAAUUUUAUUAUUGAAUAAUUAUUAUUAUAAAACAUGCAAAUUCAGAGUAAAUGAUAAACAUUAUAAAUCUGUAAUAGAGGGGACAAAGAGGAAAAUGCAAUUAAAUCUUUAAA